GUUGGAGGAAACUUCCCGCGGCCGGUGGCCUCCUGAGCGGCAGAGCGACAGAGCGGGAGCGGCCGGGCCCGGCCGCCAGGCCUCUCCCGCCGCCGGGGCAGCGGAGCCGCGCUGGGCGGGCGGAGAGCGCGGGGGUGCGCAGCGGGCCCGCCUCAUGCGCAGUCACCUGCGGAGGGGCUGAGCGGAGCAGCCGCCUCCGCCGCGCCCCGCGCCGCGGGCUCCCGGCGGGCACUUCCCGGGGCAGCCCCCGUUACAGCGCUGCGGAGCCGCCGCCGAGGGACGCGCACCGACCCCGCCGCCAGCCGGAGCCGCCGCCGCGCAGCGACCUGUCAGGGCACCUCGCAGGCCGGCCCCAAGAACCCUUCCCACGCGCUGGUUUGUCCCCGGGAGAAGGCGAGUUGGGAGCCUCUCCAUGCCUUAUCAAGUUCCUUAUCCGAGCGGCUCCCAGAAGCUGUAGACCAGUUCAGCUUUAUCUGGUGUAAGGGAGAAAAACAGUGUAGUUCUCGCACUCCAUCCUAUAUCGAGGACCACCUAUUCUGCCGGGGUUUAACACAGAAGAUGAUGAAAUGCAGUUUGCUGGGUGAACCAUUAGGUCCCUGUUGUGGAACGAGGGCUUUGUAUUCACCUUCUAGUUCCUGAUCUGUGUGGUGAGAGGACGCUAAUCUUUCUCCUUCAUCCCCCUUCCCUAAACCUUUCCUUGCUUCAAUGUUGCAUUGGUCAGACUUUUGGUCAGUGUUGUUUACGGAAGGGGGGUGGGAACAAGGCAGUUGAGGUUACAAACAAAAGUACUUGUAUGACUCAUCUACUUGGAUUUAAGACGUUGUAUCCUUCUUUCACGGGGCCUUUGCUUCUCUCUGAAGGAAUCAGAUGCUUUUUCCUAUUCUUCCAGAGGAGGAUGGAUUGAAAGUUGUAUGUUUUAGACUUUUUUUGGGCCACUGCUGAUAUUAAAAGACAUAAUGGGACUUUUUCACUGGAUUAUUGCCAGAAUUAGUUUACACACUGAAACAAUGAGUUGUUAGGCCUCUCAUAUGAUAAUAUUUGUCCUGCUUUAAUAUAAAGUUGCUGUGGAGGUGUUUUUAAAAUUGUGGAGGACGGUCUGCAUCAGAAGAGGCUCUCUUCAUCUCUGGUUGGUGUGGCAACCACAAUCUGUCCUCGAUGCCUUCAGCCUUGGCCAUCUUCACUUGCCGCCCGAACUCCCACCCAUUUCAGGAGCGUCAUGUCUACCUGGACGAGCCUGUCAAGAUCGGCCGCUCCGUGGCUCGCUGCCGGCCAGCCCAGAACAAUGCCACGUUUGACUGCAAGGUGCUGUCCAGGAACCAUGCUCUUGUCUGGUUUGAUCACAAGACAGGCAAGUUCUACCUUCAAGACACUAAAAGUAGUAAUGGUACCUUUAUUAAUAGUCAGAGACUGAGUAGAGGAUCUGAGGAAAGCCCACCAUGUGAAAUUAUGUCAGGUGACAUCAUCCAGUUUGGUGUAGAUGUGACGGAGAACACGCGGAAAGUUACCCAUGGAUGUAUAGUCUCCACAAUCAAACUGUUCCUUCCAGAUGGAAUGGAAGCUCGAUUGCGAUCAGAUGUUAUCCAUGCACCAUUACCAAGUCCUGUUGACAAGGUUGCUGCUAACACUCCCAGUAUGUAUUCUCAGGAAUUGUUUCAGCUUUCACAGUAUCUACAAGAAGCCUUACAUCGGGAACAAAUGUUGGAACAGAAGCUGGCAACCCUUCAGCGACUACUUGCUGUCACACAAGAGGCUUCAGAUACUAGUUGGCAGGCUUUAAUAGAUGAAGACAGGCUGCUAUCAAGACUAGAGGUUAUGGGAAAUCAAUUACAAGCUUGUUCAAAGAAUCAAACAGAAGACAGUAUACGAAAAGAGCUUAUAGCAUUACAGGAAGACAAACACAACUAUGAGACAACAGCCAAAGAGUCCCUGAGGCGGGUCCUUCAGGAGAAAAUUGAAGUGGUCAGAAAAUUAUCUGAAGUGGAGCGGAGUUUAAGUAAUACAGAAGAUGAAUGUACACACCUGAAAGAAAUGAAUGAGCGGACUCAGGAAGAAUUAAGGGAAUUAGCUAAUAAGUACAAUGGAGCUGUAAAUGAAAUUAAAGAUCUUUCUGACAAGCUAAAGGUAGCAGAAGGGAGACAAGAAGAAAUCCAGCAAAAAGGACUGGCUGAGAAAAAGGAAUUGCAGCAUAAAAUAGAUGAAAUGGAAGAAAGAGAGCAAGAGCUUCAAGCAAAAAUAGAAGCUUUGCAGGCUGAUAAUGACUUCACCAAUGAGCGGCUGACUGCUUUACAAGUACGGUUAGAACACCUUCAAGAGAAAACUCUUAAAGAACACAACAGCUUAGGCAUACAAGUCGACGACUUCAUACCUAAAAUUAAUGGGAGCACAGAGAAAGAGCACUUUCUUUCAAAGAGUGGAGGGGACUGCACUUUUAUUCAUCAGUUCAUAGAAUGUCAGAACAAGAUCAUAGAUGAAGGACAUCUAACCAAAGUGGAAGAAACAAAGCUUUUGAAAGAAAACCAAGCACGAGUCAAAGAAUCGAAUGAUUUAUCUGACACCCUUAGCCCAAGCAAGGAAAAAAGCAGUGACGACACUACAGAUGCUCAAAUGGAUGACCAAGAUCUAAAUGAACCUAUUGUCAAAGUAGCUCUUCUAAAAGAUGAAUUGCAGGGUGCACAAUCAGAGACUGAGGCUAAGCAAGAAAUUCAGCAACUGCACAAGGAGCUGAUUGAAGCCCAAGAGCUAGCUAGGACAAGUAAACAAAAAUGCUUUGAACUUCAAGCGCUCUUGGAAGAAGAGAGAAAAGCAUAUAGAGUGCAAGUUGAAGAAUCCAACAAGCAAAUAAAUGCUCUGCAAGCUCAGUUGCGAAGGUUGCAAGAAGAAAUUGAGAAUCUUCGCAAGGAAAAGGAGAAUGAAAUUUCCACCACUCGAAAUGAACUUGUCAGUGCUCAAAAUGAGAUUCUGUCACUUCAGAAAGUAGCAGAAAAAGCAGCCUCAGAACGAGACACAGACAUUUCUACCUUGCAAGCUGAGCUGCAGACGGUGCGAGCGGAGCUUGAACGGUGGAGGAGAGAUGCCUCAGAUUAUGAAAAAGAAAUUGUCAAUCUGCAAUCCAGUUUUCAGCUCAAAUGCCAGCAGUGUGAGGAGCAGCAGAGGGAAGAGGCCUCUCGCCUGAAAGAUGAACUUGAAAAGUUGAAGGCGGAGUGGAUCACUCUGGAAGCUGAAUGUGUUAAACUGAGGAAGGAAAACACUUCACUUACAUCUGAACUUCAGCGACAAGAAAAGGAGCUUUCUAGCUCUCAGAAGCAGAGUUUAGCACUAACCAGUGAUAUAAGUGUUCUAGAAAUGUCUCGGAAGGAACUUGAAAAUCAAAUGGGAUCUUUGAGAGAAAAACAUCAACGGGAUGCAGCCAGUCUGAAAACUCAACUCAGUGAAGCUGAAAGUCAAGCAAAAGAUUUUCAGAAAGAGUAUGAAAGAACACAGACUGUGCUCUCAGAGCUGAAGGCCAAGUAUGAGGUGGCUGAACAACAAAACCAGUCACUCACGGAGGAGCUCAAACAAUGUAAAGAAAACCUGAAGCUGCUACAAGAAAAAGGAAACAAUCCUUCCAUAUUACAACCCGUCCCAGCCGUAUUCAUCGGCCUAAUCCUGGCUUUCCUGUAUUGGUGUUACGGCCCAUUGUGGUAGCGAAAGAACUGCUCCUGGAAAGCAGAAACAAACCCUAGUAAUUGCUCUAUGUCCCUGGAGUCCCUAACAGAGCAUCUGCAGACAUGACAGGAACAAGACCUGCUCCGGAUCCCUGCAGUUUUCCGCAAUGGCAGAGAUCAGUUCAUGCGUUACUGUGUCAGUGCUCUGUGUGUGCUCAGUGCUGUGGCACUGCAAAGAAGAUGACUUUAUUUUCCUGCUGCAAAGAGGUUGAAAUCUUAACAUCCUCAACAUAUGGAAGGAGAGUUUUCUCUGACUGUCAAAAAUCUCAUAAAAUGUAAGCUGGGGGGAGAGGGGAGGCCACGUGCAUGCUCAAUGUUCAAGAAAAGCCUAUUUGUGCUCAGUGUAAUGACAAUAUUUUUCAGUUGCAACUCUCCUGUGCAGAAGUUUAAUCUUCCUACUGUGGACAGAGUGAGAGCAAUGAGAGCUACAUCACUUUUAAUAUGGCCAGUUUUCUAAGAACAAAAGAAAUCUGUGUCAAAUAUGUGAUUUGGGUCGCUUUUGCACAUUUUUUUUUGGUCUGUGGUUCUAUUUAUGCCCUGGCCAGUUCUUACACUCCCCAGCCUUGUAAGAAAGUAGACGUGGUUGCUAACUUUAAGAGGAAAGAGACUGCCUAGAUCUGAUCUGAGCACCAUUGCCUUUGUUUAUGUAAACAGUGACAUCAUCUUCUAUUGCAGAAUGGGAACCCUGAACAGUUACAGGAGAGCAAAUUUAGGAAUUGUCCUUAUGAGACAAGUGUGAUUCAUCUUCAAGUGUGUAUAUUUAAGAAAGAUGCUGUAUCCUGAGUCAGAUAAGUUCUGUGACUCUGACUUUACUCCAGUUCAAACUGUCAUAUAUUAGUAAAAAUUAAUCACUUUUUUUUUUUCCUUUUAAACUAUUUGAAAAGUGGUGCUUGCAGCCUGCUGGGGCGUGUGAAGAGCAGCAGAGCUGGCUUUUUUGUCCCCUUUCAGUUUCUCCAGAAAUCUGCCUUUGCACUCUCCAAAAGCCUUUUGUAAGUGGUGCCUGACUCAUCCAAUGAUGGUUAGGGCUGCCUUGUUCCUGGGAUUCAGUGUCAGUCAUCCAGGGGAUGGUGUUCGAGGUGCUCAAGGCAUUGUUGAACUGCCAGUAAAGCACUCCGUUUCCUACUGGGGGAGUUUGCUGAAGUGUGUUAGAAAAUACCCCACAGCCAGGUUCAGUCUCUUCUCCAUCACACAGUGUGGGGAAAUAGGCAUCCUUUUUGGCCAGAGCUGAAAAAGCAAAACCAUGCAGAGCAGUAUGGCUGAGUCGCUGCCAGGGGUGAACAUCUGCUCUACAGCUUGUCAUUCAGCCCUUAAAGGCUGUUCUGUGAGCAGCCAAGAGCACUGGCCUGGCUGGUUCUUGCAUCUGUUUUGUACCUGAAUGGGAAAUCACUCUCUCCAAAGGGGAUGGUUGCAGAUUGGCAGGCUCCACCUCUGUGCCAGCUGCACGUGUGCAGCAAUGCAUGGACCUGGCUGCUGGAGAGAGAAAACCCUGGUUUCUCCUCACUUGGAUUUUCUGUGCCAUAUUUACUGAAAAUAAUUGCUCCUGUAGUGAAUUACCAUGAGGGAAGUAGACAAAAGCUCCCCAUUUCCUAGCACCUGCCUUGCUGCAGGGACAUGUCUCUGUGCCUCUUCUUGCUGUCAGGAAGUGACUACAUCUGUGCUGGUCAGGCAGGGACAGAAGGCUGAAAGUUCUUUGGGUUGCCUUUGUUUGUUUGUUUGUCUGUUUGUUUAACAAAUUAACACGAGCUUAGCAAGCAUUGGUGAUUGUUUCCAGCGAGUUUGCUUUCAAACUUGGCCUCAUGUCAUGGGAAAGGCUGGGGUUAAGUGCUGUUGGACAUUGGGAGGUGCCAUGGUCCAGUGUCCUCCAGCUGUGUCCUAAACCAGAGAACCUUCUGUCCUCUCUGAAUUGUUUCCUCUGUGCAUGAAGGCAGAUGUUGCAUUAUACCAGGGGCAGAACAGCCCCUGUAUAAUAUAUAUAUUUCCCCAACCUUCCUGGUCUAGUAGCUGUUGCCACUUUUCCUUGGCUUUAGGCCAGGGCUGGCUCAGCAAACCCUUGGGUCAGAUUCCCGAUUUCUCUCAUCUGAAGCCGCCUUUUCCAGCGCUGGGAGCGGGGAAGCGCUGCUGGAGCCGCCCAUCAGCCUGGGCUGGCCCUGGAAAGGCUCCGGUGCUGCUCUGGGGGAGGUGUCCAGCUUGCUUUUCAUGGCUCCUGCCAGGUUUCACUUGCUCUAAUGCCUGAGUUUCACACUUAAACCUGAGGAAGAUCACAGCUGAAGGCGUUCUGUCUUUCCAGCUCCCUGUGGGAGGGGGAGCUCCCUGAUGGCACUUUGUGCUUUGUUUUGAGCUUACCAAGUGUCUUCACCCUCAUAAAAGCAGAUGAACCCAGCUGGCAGCAGGGCAGAAGUGAGAUGGUUUGGGGCAUCUCACAAUCAUACACCAGUUCCUCACUGGGGCCAAAUUACAGCAGUGCCCCAAACAGAUCCUCAGUAUGUCCACACUGGUGUGGGUUUGCCCACGCUGAGGGCUGCUGACCUGGCUGACGUGCAGGGCAAGAAGCAGUUUUCACUCCUCCUGCUUCCUGGAAGGUGAGGAAAUUUGGACCAGUCUGGGAGAAGCUGAUCCUCAUUUGGAGAAGACUUUGGGUGCCACCUUCAUGUGACGAUUCUCAGGAGUAUCCUUGAGAUACCAUUUAUCCAGAAGAUCUGCUGUGCCUGAUAACUUUAGGAAUGUGUGUUUCUUGCAUGGUCUUAUAUGAUCCUGGUGAGCCAUCUGGAAAUUUCAUCCUAUGAUUACUCCAGGAUCUGGAAGACUUUUUGUAACUACUAAUCCCAGAAACAGAUUUUUCCUUCAUCCUGUCUGUCAACACAGCCUUUAACUUAUUUUUAUGGGCUUCAGCACAUGUUUGAAGCAUCACUGCCUUAGGAUACAAUUUAUUUUUUCCAGAGUAUCUCAGUGCUUCUUAUAUCUACUUAUAGCACUUUCUGAGGAACAGCUGUUUUGUGGGUAUUUAUUAGGAUCCUCUGUGUCUUCAAAACUUGACACAUCUCUGCACACCUAGAACAGGAAUCAGUGUGACUUAGCAUGCCAUGAGUAUGAGGUCCUAGGAAAUUAUGCUUUGCGGUGCCACAUAUUUUGCCACCAAAAAAAUUGAGUAAUGUUUUCAUUGGUAAGAUGUGAUAAAUAUUUCAUUAAAAAUAUUGAUGCAAUUAAAGCAAGGAGGGUAAAGCAAAAAGACUAAGAUAACUGGUGCCAUGCUAGAUUCUGGAUAUUUUGCCCCUUUUUAUUGUGUCUUGCCCUCUGGCUCUUGUUCACCCAUCAAAAUAACUUGUGGAUGAAGUUUGCUGUAUGUGUCUUAACUUCUCUGUGGAGGGAGUGGGAUAUGGCAGGCAGGAAUCCUGUGUGCAGGAAAAGCUGUUUAAUAGAGUGCCACCAGUGUUGGGGGAGUUUGGGAAGGUCUGUGUGGUCAUCCUGCCUGGAACCAUGGCCCUGUGUUCCUGCUGGAGCAUAAGGCUGGAGGCAGAGGUUGAGAGAAGCUGCCUGGAGGAGCCUGCAGGACGCAUUUCCCAUGGCUGGAGCAUGGCAGAGUGAUGGAGAAGCAGGAGGAGUCUGUGUGUGUGCACAGCCCCAGGGAGGGGCUCGCUGCAGGGCACAGGUUUGCUGUUUGCCCUGGAGCACACAGGCUCCUCAGGCACUUGCAGAGCUUCGUGUGAAGCCCCUCUGCAAGUCAGCAGCGAUGCAGGGACAGCUGCCUCCUUUCUCUCUCUCGGUAAGGAAGAAUUCUCAGAAAUGGUUUUUAUAUUUCUUGGGAACAACAGAAAAUCUUGACUUAAUUGCUGUUCUAAAUGUAUGCCUAUGGCUUCUGAAAGGCCCAGCAGGAUAUAAAACCACCAGUUACCAGUUCUGAUUUUUGCCAGAACUUCAAAGUGUUUCCUUUUAUGCAGUAAUCUUAAAACUAGUCCAAGAAAACACUCGCACUAUUACUUAGAUAUUCCAGUUGUGCCACCAAUAUGGAAACUUAAAUUAUUAUAUUUCCCACAGGCAAAGCUUCCGUUGUUAGUUAAACUUGAUGGUCUUCUGCUUGCUUGUAGGGAAGAUACAGCUCCUUUCUAUGGUCUGAAAAAUGGUUGCAGCUCAAAGCUGAGCCAAGAGUGAUGAUUGGUCCUAAAAAAAUAGGACCUUAAUAUAGUAACCAAAGUCCUAUUAGACUUUAAAUGUUUUUUAAUCAUAGUCAUAUCCUUCUCUGGAAAAGAAGUUUCACAUGCACCAGCCAGUACUCAUUUAAUAAACGUUUUGUUAUUUUACUGUUUGGAUUACAAUUCCCAUCUUUAUCACUUGUGCAUCAUGCCCAAACUUUAUAGAGUAAAAGCCUGUGUACCUCCAGUGAUUAAAUGCAAAAUUAGUCAGGUAGGACUCAGUCCUAUCCUCUAAGCCUUAGUCACUUCUUGAAAGCUUUGUAAGCUUGGUUCACCUGCCCGUGCCAGUGUGGCCCUGUGUGGUCUGGCAAUGUGUUUAUCUUGUGAGCAAGGCCAUUGCACAGGAUUCAUCCAUGUGUGCUCAACAAGCCGUGGCUGCUCUGCUCCAGAGAUUAUAAUUAAAUAAUAUCAAUAAAUCAUGAAAUUGAAAAGGACAUGGGGUUUUUUUUUGGUCAGGUUGUAUUGGGACUUUCUUGGUAAGUGCAGUUAUGUGGGCAGAGUCUGAAGUAUUUCUUUUUUCUGCUGGAGUGACCUCAGAGUAGCACUUGACCUUGCAGUCAGCCAAGGCAGGUUUGUCCCUUGGCUGCUGGGCCCAGGAGAGCCCCAGCAGAUGCACCAGGCCCUGGUCAGGAGGAAGUCCUGGAAUGCCAAACAACAGCCACCAGGGCCAGCAGAGCCCCAUCAUACUCAAAGUACUUUCAAUGACUAUGGGAUGUGUGGUCAAAAAUAAAGAGGUUGUUCAAAAAUCGUUUAGAUAUAAAGAAAUCCUCCUGUUUAAGCAAAUAUCCUGCUGAGUUUCUCCUGGAAAAUAAUUUGAUGUGUAAAAUUGUAUCUUUUCCAGAUUAUGCAGGAUGAGAUUUAAAAGAGAAGUGUUUAAUUCUCCAAACUUAGAAAGCAUGUGGGCCUCAAACUCUUUUCCCAGUUGGAAAAUGUACUAUUAAGAAAAGGAAAUAGAUUUUUAUAAGCAAUAUUUAAUUCAAGCAUUUGGCUAAUUCUUCUGCUGCAAAGCUUUAAGGUCAAAUUCUGAUUCAUUGAUGUGGAUCUGGAAUUAAAGGGAUUAGGAGAGGAAGUGGACUCAGAAGUUAGGAAAACUUUAGUUUCUUGUUCACUUUUUCCUACUCAUCAAAUGUAUUUUUGACCUAUGUUUCUAUUUUAAGUGUUGUAGGGAAACUUACUCCUAUGUGUCUGCCUUUGCUCUUUUUCUGCCCAUUGUCAUCAGCUCUGCCAUGGGUGUGUUCCAUUCUACUGUUGCAGAAAGGGAUCUUGAUCAUUCUGGACAUGACAUUGUUGUACAAAUGCUGGGAAUUUCUACAUUUAUUCCAUUCGGUUAGAGAAUGGAAAAUGGGUGGUUUAUUAUUCUUAUUACUCAUUAAACGUAUGUGUUAAAACAGUGCCCUGUUUCACAAUGUGAUGUUCUGCAGUAGCCCAGGGCCUGAGGGAAGCCACGGCCAGUACCUUCCUUUUGUUUCUACAUGUACAUGUAUUCACAGAAGUGUGGAUUGUGUUCAGGAUUCCUACAGGGAUCACUUUGGGGAUCCAUCUGAAAGCUUUUCAUCUGGCAUUAAGGUCAUUCUCCCUCUGGCUGUCCUUGCCAUUUCUCUGUUGUGUGUGUGACCCUCAGCUCCUGUUGUCCACAAUCCCACUCAGCUUUCAACAACUUCCCAUGUCCCAUUGUGAGUACGCUCAUUCCUAGGUCUCAAGAGACCUGGUAGCCAUCAAUCCAGUGUCAUUUACAGUGUCCUGUAACACCAUGUGUGAUGGUUGUGAGUGCUUUUUGUUUUCUGUGGUCAUAAAGCAGCUACAGUGAGUCUACUGGAGGAGCCAGGUCUGCAUCCCACCCUGGCUGUGGUGCUGUGAAGUUGUGAUGGAUGUACUGCUUUCAUAAAUGCAGCAAACAGCACUGCCAAACCCAGUGGUUUAUCUGGGGCCAUCCAUGUGCUCUGGAAAAAAUAGCUUAUCCUGGGAGUAAGAAUAAUGGGGGGUUUUCCUCAGUUUCCAGUAAUUACUUUCAAAGUAAUUAUGUUGCUCAAAAGAAAGAGCUGCUGCUUGUCUUGUGAGAAAAAGGAGAUAAGAACAAGGAGGUUAAAUGUGACAACUCUUUGGGAUGCCAGCCCCUGCCAGUGCUCCAGAGAGGAGAGCACAGUGGUGAUGAGCCAAAUUCAGCUUGGGGCCAGGAAUUAGUCAGGUGGGAGAUUCCCACUAGAUUUAGGGUGUCCUGGGAGGUCUCCUGGAAUAGGGAGAAAAGAAGGGGCGUGGCAAAGCAGAAGACUGUAUCAUUUUUCUCCCAGUUUUCACCAUGUAAUUCAUGCUUUGCUCUGUAAAGCACUGUGAUAUAGUUUGUGUACAUUAUGUAAAAUAAAUUGUAUUCUAUUAUAUUGAAGAAAUACAAAUAUAAAAUAAAGACAAAGGAUGGAGUAAA